UUCAAAAAUGAUGUUUACUGGAAGGAUUAUGGUUGGUUUUGGUAUAAUAUGUUUGGUAACAUGUAGUGAAAAUGAAUUUCAAGAUGAAGUAUUGAGCAGAAGCCGAAGACAAUUAUUAUUUCCUAAUAGCACAGUUUUACAGUUCAACGCCGGGAUCGGUACACCAACGCCGAUAAAGACCGUCAACGUAAAUUGGGCGUUUCAAGCGAACUUUCAGUUGCCGUGGAAUAGGAGUCAGAUACCCUUCGACAUAUUGGAGGCGAAUGGGGGGUACGGCGGCGAGUCCAGGAAGAAACGUGACACUGAAAGGGAGGGCUAUAACAAUGACGCUAGACUUUACCACUUUUAUAAGUACGUGGAGGAUGUUUUGAAUGGUUUCAGUUACAACGGCACGGCAUGUGUGUUAAGGACCUUAUGUGAGCUUGGAGCAGAACCUAUACACACUGAUCAUGAUGAUGACCUUCUGCAUGAGCUCGCUACGUUUGUGCUAAACCCUGAAAAUGACAAAGAAAACCAUGAAUUUAAGGACAGUGAACCGUACAUACUUGCUUACAACGAAGGAAAACUGCAUCAAGAUUGUCUCAGCCUCUAUUCUUGUGGUAUUUCAUUAAUAGAUAUGUUUAGUAAAGUGCAUGACAGUGAUGAACAAAAUGAAGACUGA